CGUUAUCCAAUAUGGCGAACCACUGACCCAAACGACAUCACACGACAAACGCUUCGGCAAAUGCGAAUCUCCGACUUAAAUCGAGUUUCCUGUUCUUCAAUCAAAAAUGAAUCCGAUAAUUAGACGGACACUACCUCCUUCUGUAAGGAGUCUACUGACAGACAUCGCUCCAAAAGACGAGAGUUUAUGGGCAGAUGACAGCCACGACGACCCGUCAGUCAACAAGGAGGGAAUACUGCUUCCUUCGAGGGGAUCUGCUCCUGGACUGGAAGACCUUCUCACUCCUGCUACAAAUCAUGAAGCUGGCGGGGAAAACUCAAAACCGGGCUCGGUGUGCAUGUUGUGUGAUUGCAAACCCGCAUGCUACACUUGUCCUCGGUGCAACCUGAGGUACUGCGGCGUGGCUUGCUACAGGAGCCCUGGUCACUCCUUGUGCUCUGAGGAGUUCUACAAGGAGUCUGUUCUGCAGGAGCUGAAGAACAUGGGCAAAACCGAGCGUGAAGGGAAGGAGAAAAUGCAGGAGAUUCUCCUCGGGCUGAGACAAAAGGCGCAAAUGACCGAUGGAGGGAUGGGAAGCGUGCUAAGAGAAGCCGGUAUGCUGCAGGAAAAAGAGGAGGACAUUGAAGUUAUGGAGCUUCUGUCCAGAUUGGCCGAACUUCAGGAGUCGGGAGCAGGCAGCGCAGCAGAGAUCGAGGCCAUUAUGAGAAAACUGGAAGAGCUCGGAGGGCGGGGAGGAGACGAGGAGCCGUCAGAAGGCGUGACUGAGCGUCUAUCAGGGCUGGAUCUUGACCAGCUCUCUGAGGAGGAGCUUUGGGCGCUCCUUGACAGCCAGGAGAAAGAGAGGUUUGUGAGUCUGAUGAAGGGCGGCGCUCUGGGUGGGUUGAUCUCCAUGUGGAGGCCCUGGUGGGAGGAGCACGAGGUUGGAAGGAGCGCACUGGUGGAGGUGCUGGAGGAGGAGAAUGGUGCAUCAACACCAGAGAAGGUUCAGAACCAGGACUGUAAAGCAAAAAAGUCCCAAGGCAGGAAUAAAAAGGAGGCAAUGACAAAAAGAGGAAGCUCAGCAGCCUGCCGUAUGCCUUCGAUUUCUUCCAAGAUCCCCGAACUGGGUCACUUAUGUCCAAAUCCAUCUCCAUUAGUCUGCUACGGUUUAGUCAAUGCUCUUUAUUGCUACAGUUUCACUUUGCGUCUGUUUAACGGGGACGUCGACUCGCUCCUGAGCGAGUUCUGUGACACCGUGCUCGCCUUGUCUGAGGCGCUGAGUUCCAGCAGGGUUUUCAACUCCGCCCAAGAGGCCGUACAUUGCGCAGAGACUCUCGUUUUGGCAGGAGGCUACCUUGACAAAGAGGAGUCCCGUGCCACAGACUGGGCAGCGGAAGACGCCGCUCACAUCAUGACCGGGCGAGACGACAAGGACGCCACAGGCUACAUCCUGGCGGCCUUGAGUCAGCUCCGCUCGGCACUCUCCAAAGCCAGGGCGGUCCUCUCCAAGGACAGCGACGAAGGUGCAAAGAGACAGAAAUACUUCCGGGCUUCCAAGAAGUGUGAAUUCUUCCAAGCAUGGACCAUGGAUAAUUCUCAGCGGACUCGCCGACUGGCUUUGGAGCUGUGGAUCGAGCGCAGCAGGCGAGAGAGCGGCAGGGAGAGUGUGGAGAAAACAAAAGCGCUUGUUGAGGAGAGCUUUAAGAAAGGAAAGAGGAAAGGGAAUAGUAAGUUGAUCCAAGAAUUGAGCUAAGUCACAGAAGUCCAUAAAAAUGAAAAGGAUAAAUGUAAGCAAACCAUUAAUGUUGGAACUGCUGUAAUAAUUAUGUUGUUGAAAGUGCUUAACUUUCAAACCAUCAUUUUUUGGAAGAUAACACAGUACAGACCAAAAGUUCAAUGUGUUUUCUUUAUUUUCAUGACUAUUUACAUUGCAGAUUGUCACUGAAGGCAUCAAAAUUAUGACACGUGGAGUUAUGUACUUAACAAAAAAAAGUGCAAUAGCUGAAAACAUGUUUUAUAUUCUACUUUGUUCAAAAUAGCCACCCUUUGCUCUGAUUACUGCUUUGCACACUCUUGGCAUUCUCUCCAUGAGCUUCAAGAGGUAGUCACCUGAAAGGGUUUUUACUUCACAAGUGUCAUACUUUUGAUGCAUUUCAGGGACAAUCUACAACAAGGGUCCCCAAACUACGACCCGCGGGGCGGAUCCGGCCCCCCAGCAUCCAAAAUCCGGUCCAAAGGAAGUCCCUAGUAAAAAUAAUUAUUUUAUUUUAUUUUUUUAUUUUUUUUAAUCUUUCUUUUCUAAUCCAUUAAAGUUAAAAGUUAAAGUACCAAUGAUUGUCACACACACACUAGGUGUGGCGAGAUUAUUCUCUGCAUUUGACCCAUCACCCUUGAUCACCCCCUGGGAGGUGAGGGGAGCAGUGGGCAGCAGCGGUGGCCGCGCCCGGGAAUCAUUUUGGUGAUUUAACUCCCAAUUCCAACCCUUGAUGCUGAGUGCCAAGCAGGGAGGUAAUGGGUCCCAUUUUUAUAGUCUUUGGUAUGACUCGGCCGGGGUUUGAACUCACAACCUACCGAUCUCAGGGCGGACACUCUAACCACUAGGCCACUGAGUAUUUUCUACCGCUUGUUACUAUUGGUGUCUCCUAGCCGCUCAGGCAAAUCAUGUUGUCUAAAAAUGAAUUUUACAAUCGAUAACGUGACAAUGUUAAAUGUUGAUGAACAUCAAUGUUAAUUGAUGUUAAAUGAAAAAAAGGAUUAUAAAGACAAUGUGUGUGUGUGUAUAUAUAUAUAUAUGUGUGUGUGUGUGUGUGUGUGUGUGUGUGUGUGUGUGUGUGUGUGUGUGUGUGUGUGUGUGUGUGUAUAUAUAUAUAUAUAUAUAUAUAUAUACAUAUAUAUACACACACACAUUUUUUUAACUCAAUGCGGCCCCCGAGUCAAAAAGUUUGGGGACCCCUGAUCUACAAGGUUAAAUAGUCAUGAAAAUAAAGAAAACACAUUGAAAUGACAAGAUGUGGCCAAACUUUUGGCCUGUACGGUAUAUGACAUCAGGACUGUGACAUUCACUCCUGAUGGUAUUAAUCAUGUCCGACAUUUUUAUCAACAUUUUUAUAAGGCUGCUGUUGGUGAUCGGUCAUAUAUUAUUAUUUUUUGGACACAAUUAGUUUUCCUGCUAUAUUAUACCGAUGUAAUUCAUGCAUUCUCGUGUCCCAUUGGGCUUUUUUUUACUUACUUUGUUUUCAAACGACAAGACCAUUACACACAGUUUGUGUGACAAAGGAUUUUGAAGCUGAAAAACCAUGUAAUAUUUCGCAUACAGUUUUGAAAUAAAGUCCAAAACAUGGGUAAACAAAAUAAAACAAC